GGUUGCAAUCAAGAUCAUUGACAAAUCCAGGUUAGACGAUUCCAAUCUCAAGAAGGUUUACAGGGAAGUGCAAAUCAUGAAGAUGCUCUCGCAUCCGAACGUCAUUAAAUUAUACCAGGUUAUGGAAACAAAGAGUAUGCUAUACCUCGUAACGGAAUACGCAAGCAGUGGGGAAAUGUUUGAUUACUUAGACACACAUGGCCGGAUGUCAGAGAAGGAAGCGAAGAAGAAAUUCAUGCAAAUCAUCUCCGCCGUCGAAUACUGCCACAAACGGCAUGUUGUGCACCGUGACCUCAAGGCUGAAAACCUCCUCCUCGACGGAAACAUGAACAUCAAGAUAGCGGACUUUGGUUUCAGUAAUUUCUUCACUCCUGGCGAGCACCUGGCAACGUGGUGUGGCAGUCCGCCGUAUGCUGCCCCAGAAGUCUUUGAGGGCCAGAGGUAUGACGGACCUCAACUGGACAUUUGGGUGAGUUAGAAUGAUAAUAAUAAUGAUAUUAAUAAUUAAUAAUGAUGAUGAUAUUGAUUAUGGUGAUGAUAACAAUAAUGAUGAUAAUAAUUUAUAAUGAUGAUGAUGGGGAUGAUGAUAAUGAAAUGUCGCAAUAUCAGUUUGCUUUAUCGUGAGACAACGAUCAACUCCUUUAGCGAUAAUGCUAAUGAUAAUGACAUUAAUAAUAAUGAUACUAGUAAUAUGAUAAUAAUAAUGAUAAUGGAAAUAAUAAUGAUAUGAGUGAUAAUGAUGAUAAUGAUAACAAUAAUGAUAAUGCUAAUGAAAAUGAUAAUCAUAAUAAUGAUAAUCAUCAUGAUCAACGUCAUCAUCAUCAGCGAAAUACUUAUUUACCAAAAGCAGCUACUGCAUCUUUAAUGAACUGUUCUCUCUGUGGGCUUUGCUCUCACAGAAAUACAUAGCUAACAACAGCUAGUAGCGAAUGAACGUACAAACGAACGAACUAUGAACAAACUAACCAACAAACUUACUAACUAACUAACUAACUAACUAACUAACUAACUAACUAAUGGUUUGCCAGUGAAUAGCUCAAUAAGCUCGUAAUCAAAUUGCAGAGAAAUAAGCAAUUCUUAGUAAGCAUUUUCUUUUGGGAAAAUAUCAGGUACAGAAACUUGAACAAAGCCCUUGGAAAAGAGGGAAACAAAUUUUACAACAUUUUCCAUGUUUUUGCAAACUGGGUAGAAUUUUGUGAUGGUUACAACAAAAACAUCCAACCCUUUGUUCUUCAAAAACAUUGACAAAACCAUGAGUCUUCCCUCAAUUAGACUUGUGUACCAGGUGACUCACUGCCAACAGCGAACCAUAAACAAACACACAACGCAUGGUGAUUCAUCAGCAUCAUUGUCAAAACACCUAGGAGUGCAAGUCUAACUGAUGCUGGGUAUCAAUGCAGGGUGAAUCAUUAAUGAUGAUGCAUGGUUUGUAAUGAUUGUGACAGAAUCUGUGACAUAUAGGCGAGUAAUGCCCUGGCCACACCAACAAAUCUGACUCCUAAGCGACCGAUGGUAUGUCAUUGGUAAUAAUGUAAUAGCUCCUGUUGGCCUGGGUUUUUUUCGAAUGGUAUGACUGCAGCAUAUGAAUUUGCUCUGCAUCAAGUCACAGAGAUCUGAAAUCUUUGUAUCCACUUUAUUUGUGUGGAGUGGAAGUUGACUAAGAAUGGAGUAAGCAAUUGGCUGACUGUUUUGCCAGUCAAAGCGACUUCUCUUCUACAUUACCUAUGCGUGACAUGGGUUCGAUCUCAACUCGGUAUCAUAUUUCUUUGACUAAGUUGCAUAAACUUGACUCCAAGCUGAUGCCAAUUAUAGUCAUAUUUGACUCCAAUAAUAAGCAGAUGUAUUGAAAAAUAAAUAAAUUGAAAGACGUUUAUACGUGUGAACAUACAUGUAGGCCUGCAUGUACAGGCUGUAAAUUUCAAUUUGGUUCAAUUCAAAUGGUUAUUUCAGAGGUAGAAAGAAUACAAGACAGUCCCCAAAGAGAAAAUAUUAUUUCUUUUCAUUAUUUCACCAGCUGGAAAUUUGAAAAAAUGUGACUUUGGAGUGAAUUAAUGACCCCUAGUCUUCUUAACCUUUGAAUAAAUUCAUUUAGGGAGACAUAUUUAAUUCCUGCCCUCUAAGGUUAGUUUUUGAAUAAAUGUCAUUUUUGGGGUAAAUGGGGCUAAGAGGGAGGGGGGGGGGGCUGUAAAAACCUACAAGCUUCGGCCCAGAUUUGAUCAACAUGAAUCAGAAAUAAAAUAUCAUUUUUAUUAUCAAAUUGAUGAUAUUUUGAUAGGCAUUCAAAUUUGUGAUUUAGAAUGUAAUUUUAGGCUUAUGAUUCUCAUUUUAAUUUUAACGAGAAAAAGAGAGAGAGAAGCAUAUAGACUUAGCAAGAAAUGGGAAUAAAAAAAGAAGUGCAAAAGACAAACGAAUAUUGCUUGUAGACAAAAAACAUUCAUACACAUAGUCAUUUAUCCAUGUUAAAUUUACAUGAUUCUCUAUGACAUCUAAGGUCAAUCAAUGAAUAUUUUUUCUUAUUGUACAUGGAAUCGUCACCCCGUCACGUGGCCAUCUUCUUUCACUGCUUGACAAUUUGUGCGAUGUGUCGUCGAGGAUUGUCCGUUUUCCGGGAAAGCAAAGAUUGAUUGUGAUCGAGGGCAAGGAUACCUGGAGAGAGAUGAAAAAAAAAAUGUUCUCACUUGAAGAGGCUCUUCAGGUUGAUUAAAUUCUGAGUUUGACGAUGCUCCGUAAUUUUCCCCAGCUCUUAUAUUGUCUAUUGAUUUAGUCAAAAUAGGGCAUUGUAAUAUUUGCUCCCUUAAAGCGGUAGCAUGGUUAAGCGCAACAAGUUAAUGCAUCUGUUGACAACAAAAAUAUCACAAUUACUUUUCAUGGUCAGAAAAUUGUGAAUUUUGUCUAAUAUCAUAUGAGACACCAAAAGGAGUGAAAAUGAGAAAGUACUAUUUUUGGAUGGUAAUUGACUCAUGGCCUACAUGUACAGGAAUAGAGUGAUCCAUGCACAAAUCUUGAAAGGGAAUUGCAGAGUUCAAACACAAUGCUUACAAGCAAAAAGAAAAAAACACACUUAUACCCCUUUCAUAAACCCAAUAAAACCUAUCCUCCAAUUAGCCGCCUAAGAGAAAUACGGAUAAUUCAAUAAAAAUUGCGUUCACAAACUCCGAAAAUUAUCCGCAUUAUUUUUAUGAGCGCCGUCCUGAAAAAGGCGGAUAAUCGUCAUGACAACUGGACAUGCCCCCUCCGAUGCGGUUGUGUUGGAAAAGGGUGACCUUGUGACCGCACCAUGGCAAUUAUCCGCAUUAUUUGGAAAUACGUUCAUAAACUCAAAAUCUUGUCCCGAUGCCGCUAUUAUGCGGAUAAUAGCAGCAUCAGAAUAAUGCGGAUAACUCUUGUCCUCCUCUGAUUUUACGACCAAAUUAUGCUGCUAUUAGCCGCAUAAUUGGGUUUUAUUGGGUUUAUGAAAGGGGUAUUAUAUUACCUACAACUUACCCUUCUUUUUGCACAAUUUUAAGGAUAAAUUUACAUUGAUCACCAAUUUGAUGAAAUUAGGGCAUGCUCAAAAUGUUGUGUACAGGUUGAAGGAUGUUAACCUCAUUUAUUCUAUAUAUUGUAUAAUUGGUGUUCAUGUAAGUUUCAGGCUGGUUUCAGGUUGGUAUAGAUGUAAAUGUAGGCCUAUAGUUGGACAUCUUCUUGGGUGAGGGGGGGGGGGAUUCCUGCUGCAAAGUGUGUAGGGUCAAACAGUGUGUUCACAGUUUUUCACAGUGUGUUCUCUGUGUGUUUACAGUGUUCACAGUUUGUUCACAGUGUGUUCUCAGUAGGUUCACAGUGUGUUCACAGUAUGUUCUCAGUGUGUUCACAAUGUGUCCACAUUGUGGUCAAAAUGUGUUCAAAGUGUUUACUGUGUGUUCACAGUGUGUUUAUAGUGUACCCACAGUGUGUUCCUAAUGUGUUUCACAGUGUUAAAAUGCUUUAAGUAAAUAGUGUGGAGAUAAAACACACUGCAGACAUGCCUUCAGUACUCAGCAUUCACAUUGUGUUGAUUGUUGCCAAUAUCAGACUAAAAGGAAAAUAUGAUUCACAUGGUUGAAAUGUUCAUAUUUACUAGUGAUAAUGAUUUCACAUUGUGACACACUGUUGACACACACUGUGGACAAUGAUGGACGCCUCCCUAUCAAGCAGGGAUUUUACAAUAUUUUAGAUGUGAAAACAUCUGAAGAAGCAUCAG